AUGGCAGCCCCCAUAACCUCCACACGCCGGUUGAUUUGUGGAUGUGGUAAACACAUCUUACACUAUUCAAAAAGGGGUGGUUUAAGACCACGUUUCAAUCACACCAACCCGUGGAAGGAUAAGUCACUUCAGGGAUCGGUGGAAGUUGACAUUGGUGGCAGGCCACUGAAAUUAUCUACAGGACAGUUUGCCAGGUUUGCAGAUGGAACAGCAACUGCCCAGCAUGGGGACACGUCAGUCUUGGUUACUGCUGUCAGCAAAUCCAAACCUUCCUCUUCGUCCUUCUUACCUUUAACAGUUGACUACAGACAGAAAGCUGCAGCUGCUGGCAGAAUUCCCACAAACUAUCUGAGACGAGAACUAGGGCCAAGUGAAAAGGAAAUACUAACAAGCAGAAUGAUAGAUCGCUCACUUCGCCCUUUGUUUCCACCUGGCUUUUUCUGUGAGACACAGCUGAUGUGUAACUUGUUGGCCGUAGAUGGAAAGAAUGAUCCAGAUGUCCUGAGCAUUAAUGCAGCCUCAGCAGCGUUAGCGCUGUCAGAUAUACCAUGGAAUGGUCCUGUAGCGGCAGUUCGUGUAGGAUUUAUUGAUAACGAGGUCGUGAUUAACCCCACUCGCCGUCAGAUGUCACAGAGCACAUUAAACCUGGUGAUAACUGGAGGAGAGAGGAGUCAAGUAGUCAUGUUAGAAGCUUCGGCUGAAAAUAUGUUACAACAGGACUUCAUGAAAAGUAUCAAACAAGGAAUUAAGGAAACAAACAGUAUCAUCUUGAAGAUUCAAGAACUCCAAAGAAAAUAUGGAAAGCCAAAGAGAGAACUGACUCUUCCAAACCCUUAUGAUAAUGAACUGGUGGAUACUGUGAAAAGCCUGACCUCUGCUAGACUAGAGCAAGUUUUGACAGAUGAAACACAUGAUAAGUUUUCUAGAGAUAAUGCUUUAACAGAAAUAAGGCAAGGUACCCUGGAGAAGUUGAAAGAAAAUUAUCCAGAUAAAGAUCCGGGUUUAUUGAUGGAAAUUAUAAACGAUGUGGUGAAAAGUGUUUUUAGGAGUUUAAUCUUGGAUUCUAAUAAGAGGUGUGAUGGAAGAGAGCUGACUCAACUGAGGGACAUAUCAUGUAAAGUUGACCUUUUCCGACCUCUUCAUGGUUCGGCAGUCUUUCAGAGAGGCCAAACUCAGGUGUUAUGUACAGUUAGUUUUGACUCUCCAGACUCUGCUAUGAAGGCUGAUCCAAUAUCUGUGAUGACUGGGGGACUUAAGGAGAAAAAUUUCAUGCUUCACUAUGAGUUUCCGCCAUAUGCAACAAAUGAAACCGGUCGACCUGGAGCCAUUGGUCGGCGGGAAUUAGGCCAUGGUGCCCUAGCUGAGAAGGGUUUACGCCCAAUAUUGCCCAGUAACUUCCCCUUUACAAUUCGGCUGACUUCAGAAGUAUUAGAAUCCAAUGGUUCAUCUUCUAUGGCAUCUGUGUGUGGGGGAAGCCUAGCCCUGAUGGACGCUGGAGUACCUGUGAGCGAUCCAGCCGCUGGAGUCGCCAUUGGACUGGUUACCCGAUACAAUCCCGAUAAACCUACUGACAUCAAAGACUACAAAGUUCUAACCGAUAUCUUGGGGAUAGAGGACUACAUGGGUGACAUGGACUUCAAGAUGGCUGGUACCAAGAAAGGAAUAACAGCAUUGCAGGCUGAUAUCAAAAUUCCAGGUUUACCACUAAGGAUAGUAAUGGAGGCAAUUGAACAGGCCAGAGAUGCCAAAAGUGAAAUCCUGCGAAUUAUGAAUGAGACUUUGGCACACCCACGAGUGGGGCAAAAAGAAAACAGCCCAGUUAUUGAAACCCUGGAUGUGCCCAUUGCUAAGCGAUCCCGAUUUCUUGGAAUUGGUGGAUGUAAUCUUAAAAAGCUCCAAUCAGAAGCCGGUGUCACUGUGUCAUCAAUUGAUGAGACAAAAUUCCAGGUGUUUGCCCCAAAUCAGAGUGCUAUGGAUGAGGCCAAAGAAAUGAUUGAGGAAAUCCUGGCAGAAGAGAGAGAACCAGAACUGGAAUUUGGUGCUGUCUAUACAGCCACUAUUGUUGAAGUUAGGGAAAGUGGUGUUAUGGUGCAAAUUCACCCCAAAAUGCAGCCAGUUCUCAUCCAUAACUCUCAGUUAGAUCAGCGCAAGGUUAGCCAUCCAAGUGCUUUAGGAUUUGAAGUUGGUCAAGAAAUAACUGCCAAGUAUUUUGGCCGUGAUCCAGUCAGUGGGCGAAUUCGAUUAUCACGGAAAGUGCUCUUCUCUCCUGCAACAACUGUCAUCAGAAACUUCACCGGGAAUAAGUCAGACUGAGAUAACAUUGUAAUCAACAUGUGAAACAUUAAAAACUGCUUGAUGAGGGUAUCUGAGUCUAACAAAUGACAGUCUAACAAAUAACAGUGUAACAAAUAACAGUAGGACAGAACUUGGGAUGGUGAAGACAUGCAAUGGUCAGAACAUGGAAUGGUCAUGACAUGCAAUGGUCAUAAAACGUAAUGGCCAGGACCUGCGAUGACCACGGCCAGGAUAUGCCGUGGUCAGGACAUGCAAUGGUCAGAACCAUGACCUGAAGGGAUGCAUUCAUCAAAAAUAACCUUCACACUUGAUUGCUGAUUUAUCUGGAUCAUCCAGAACCAUGAAACGAUUCUCUUUAUUAAUCUUAUGAUUAAUUAUCAGCAUUAGAUGCUUAGAUAAUCGGUGUGGUACACAACCUGUACUACGUGUACAUGUACCUAUAGGCAAAACUUAAGUUAAUGAUAGAUAAUUUUGUAUGAGGGAAUAAGUAUAAUUGUCAAAUCUACUGGCCUUGUAAGCCAUUGGCAAAAUGUUUCCCGUUUGUAUUUUAUGCGGUCUGUGGUCCUUUGUUGCGACUUUUAUCAGUGCUAUCUAGAAUGAAUAUUCUGUAGGUUUAAUGAACUGCUUGAUUAAUCAAGCAGUUUAUAGAAUGAACUGCUUGAUUAAUCAAGCAGUUUAUAGAAUGAACUGCUUGGUUAUUGCAUGCAUUGUACCUUCAUUGUUAAUAUAAGUAUCAAGAUUUGUCCAAAUAAAUAUCAAAUUUCAGCUGUGAAAUUUCACGUGUUUUUACGUAAUAGCUGGUUCUUAUUGUGAUGAAGAUUUCCAAGAAUGCAUUUUGCCAAAUAAAUAUAAAUCAUCUGAUUAUUCCACGA